AUGGCCGUGGAUUACCUGACGGCCGCGAUCAUGACACCCAGCAGCAGCAGCAGCAGCAGCAGCAGCAGCAGCAACAUGGCGGUGGAUCCGCGGGCGAAUCCGGGAGCCAGCAACACCCCUACGCUGGAAGAGGCGGAUCCGCGGGCGAAUCCGGGAGCCAGCAGCGCCCCGGCGCUGGCGGCGCUGUUCCCGCAGUGGGCGGCAGUGGACGCGGAGCAGCUGAGGCGCGUGCCUCAGGAUGUGAUGCCGGAGGACGGGCAGUGCUGGCUCAAGUACGGCGAGAAACGGCUUGUUAAAACAGCCUGCCACAGCUUUUCCUCCAUCUCCACCCCCCCCUCGCUUCCCCCCCUGCGCUCCGUGCUCCCCCCUACCGCAGAUCGUACUUCCGCUGUGCGCGCUCCACCGCAACACCGACCCAGCACUGCCACCGCCCCCUCUCCCACUGUAUUCCACCCCUGUCCGGCUCGCAAGUGGGUCGACUGGCACCUAUUAUUACCCCUCACCCCUGCCGCCCACCCGUCACCGCUGCCGCCCGGUUUCGACCAGGCAGCGCAGCUCGGGGCGGCAGGCAAGCCGCCCACUUCGAGAAUUUUCUUCCGAGUGACGUACCUGAACACGCACAACCACAGUGUUCCGCCCAUUGGGCUUCAGAUCGAGCCCUCUCUAGCACCGGAUGCUGCUGCUGCUGCUGCUGCUGGGAAAGGUGGGCGCUCGCCCACUCCAACCUCCCUGGGCAAGCGGUCACGUGAAGCCGACUCCUCCUUGAUAUCAGAGCCGUGCUUUCCCCAUGCUCCUCAUGCCCGCCACGCCUCUCACGACUUCGAUUUCAAAACCUUUGAUGCCAGUACCUUUGAUGCCAGUACCUUUGACUUUGCAGCUUUUGGCGCUUCACAAGGAUUCCAAACCUUCCACCGGCUCCAGCCGUCCCCUGAAUCGCAAUCCACUCAUGCUGGCUUUCGUGCAGAAAACGCCUCUCCUGCCCUUCACACGUCUCCCUCUCACGUGUCUGCCGCAUCUCAUGUAUCCUCUGCCUCCCCGGGCGGCUCUCACCCGUCCCAUGCAUCUCCCGCCUCUGCUGCUGCGACUCACUUCUCUGCUGCCCCGACUCACUCCUUCACGCCACCCAAGCCGAUCAAAGUGAGCUUCUCUCCUCUGGUUGACCGCGACACGGCUCUAAACGCCCCUUUUCAUGCUGCUCCAAACGCCCCGUUCAAUGCCCCUGUAAGCACCCCUGCGGACUCACACUCUCUGCUGCUCACGGUGCUCCGCGCAAAUCUCUCUCGCUCCGACCUCUUGCCAAGCCCCGGCAGCCACGGCAGCAGCCCCAUCAGCAGCACCAGUUGCAGCAACAACAACGGCGGGAGCCACGCCGCGAAAGACGCUUGGAAUAAUAACGGUAGCAACAACAACGGGAGCAGCGAGAGGAACGACAGCUGGCGUGCCGUGGUGGGCGGCGGCAGUGACGGUUACGGGCGGCCUAUGAGAAGUGGCAGCGCCACCAAUGCAGCUGUGGCUGUUUUGCCUGCCCCCGUGGCCUUCAGUGGUGAUGGUUUUGGGAGGCCUUUGAGCAGAAGCGGCAGCGAGGUGCAUGGGAUGCUUAUGACUGUUACGGGUGGCAGCAGUGACGGUUACGGGAGGCCUAUGAGCAGGACCGGCAGCGCGACUGAUGUGGGCGGGGCUCUUGUGCCUACGCCCGUGACUGCGGUUGGUAGUAACCCGUAUGAUGACUCAGCGCCACGUCAGCUGCAGGGGCUGCUGGAGGAUAUGGUGCCACGUCAGGUGCUGCAUGGCUCGCAGCGAGUCGCAGGAGCAGGACCGUAUCAGGCACCGCUUGCUGCUGCAGCUGCAGGAGAAAGAGCUUCAGGAGCAGCAGGAGCAGCAGGAGCAGCAGGAGCCGCAGGAGCCGCGUUUCAAACCCCAGCCACAUCAGUAGCACCAGCAGGAGCAGCAGUGCCGUUUCAGACCACGGCAGGCAUUGCAGUGGAAGCAGAACGAUCAGUGCAAUGGCAAACGUGGGCCCCACUCCAAGCACAAGAACCCACUGUCAUACCCACUGUUGCACCCGCUUGUGCACAAACCCAGGCGCUUCCUUUCCUGUCGCCUCCGCUACUCCCUAACGCUGCCCACAGCCCGUACCAAGCAGCCACAACAGCAGCGACAGCAGCAGCACCGCAUUGCAUGUCGCCUCAUGCCCUCACUUCUGAGCUGCCGCCCUCGGCUGAGCUGCCGCCCUCGGCUGUGCUGCCGCUUGCUCUUGUGCUGCCUACCCUGGAAACUCCGUGCUGUCAGUGUGAAUGCUGGCAAUCCCAAGGGGCGGGGCAGCAGUACCAGCCAAUGGUGCUUCAGAUGAGGCCCGAAGUUCCAGCCCAAGGGCGUGUUCAGUCUGCAGGCCGAGGGCGAGUUCAAGCUCCAGUGCAAGCCAAGCCAGAGGCUGUUGUGAUGGAGAUGCCAGCACAGGUCGAGGUUUCUCAACUAGCGAUGCAACCGCAGCUCACAUCACCUUCUUUCACCACUCCUCAUAGCACCACUCCGCUCACCACUCCACCAGCCGCUAUGGGUAGUGUUCCAAGCAGCACUGCCCCCGCUAGCUUGCAUCGUCCCGUCGCCUCUCUCCCUCUCAUCCCCAACCACUUCCCGAACCUUGUCCCGAACCACGAGCAACAUGCAGGCAGCGAUGCUGCGCACCUGCACCUGCACCAGUUCCACCUUCCCCAGAUGCCACCUGCGCAGGCAGCUCAGGCUGCUGAUAUCCAAGCCAGCAUGAGUCACACUCACAAUUUCAUGGGCAUGGCCUGCAAUUCUGUGUGGGCCUCUGACAUCGCUUUCAGCCCUGCGGUUCCAACCAUUGCUGCCGCUGCUGCUGUUGCUGCUGGGCAGACUCCGGUGAUGCGACGCACUCGAACUUUGAGCGUAGGGCUUGAUGGCUUGAGUGGUACGGGUGGCAUGGGUGGCUCGUGCGGCAUGGCUGACAUGGGUGGUGGGGAAGGCAUGGGCGGCACGGGCGGCAUGGGGGAGGAUGAGUUGCUGUGGGAGGCAGCAGCAUGGCUGGCAGAGCAGGGAGGGCUGGAGGCACUCGAUUGGCUGCCAGAACUGUCAGGUUGA